AUGACCGAUGGAGUCUCAUUCGCCGUUCGGGCCCCCGAAGAUCAGGUCCGGCCACCGCGUCGCCGUAUCGCCGAGUUGAAAAAAUCGUCCACACGCGACUGGUUUUCACUUCGCGACGAGACAUUACGACCUUUCAACUGCUCACAUUACUACUCAACUCGCCACAAAAUGACAGCAGAAACUUUGUAUCACGUCAUGCGUCGAACGACUGAUCAUCACAUAUAUGAUGGUGACAGUAAUGUAGAGAUCCGUUCCAUAUGGCGCACGUACGAGGAGGCGAGAGAGGCCGCCGAACGAGAUUUGUUAGAUGAGUGGAGCGAGGAUUUCUUCGUAGAAUAUGAGGUGAACGAAGAUGAAUAUGACGAUUUCAUGAUUCAGGCGGUUUGUCCAGAGGGGGAGGAAAUGGAGGUUUACGUCGAAAAGCAUUCGGUAUCUUCGAAGACUUCAGCUACCGAUAAUGGUUCCGGCACCCUCACAAAACCCACUAUGAACUCAAACGACCUUCUCAAAUCCUCGGAGAAUCCUGACAAAGUCUAUGUCAUAUUAUCCGGGGAAGACGGCGCGCGUCUUACCGAUUUCGACAAUCAAAUCGUGUACGCUUCAUUACUCGAAGCCAACCGCGAAGCUCAGAAAGUGUUGAAACACCUUAUAGAAAAUUAUCAACCAGAGUGGUAUAUGGAGGAUGAUGGGAGAGAACUUGGUGAACCGGAUAUUGAGGAGAAAAACAAAGAUUCAGAUAGUGAAUUUUACUAUGGCAAGGCACAGUUUCAGGAGGAAGGGGAUAUGGUGGAGGUAGUUGUCAAAGCGGCGGAGAUGCGAUGGGGAGGAGGCGGACCGGACGAUAAUGAAGCCGGAAAAGAAGAAGCCGGGAUGGAAGUAGUAGGAAAGAAGGUCGUAGAGAAGAAGAAGGAAACCGUUAUAGGUCAGAAAAGGGGUCCGGUGAAGGCAAUAAUAGCUGGAAAGGGGAAAGGUCAAGGGAAGAAACGUAAGACAUCUACUUGA